AUGACUCAGGUAUUCUUUGCAAAAGUAAAGAGCGUUCUCUCAGCAGAUACUCUGAUACUGACUUCUCCAAACGGCACCCAGGAGCGUACUCUUACUCUUGCCUACUUGCAGGCACCAAGACUGCAAGCAAACGAAAAGUAUGCUUUUGAAUCCCGGGAACUGCUCAGAACCUUAUUGGUGGGUAAGCAAGUUAAGUUUUGGGUUUUAUACAAAAACUCUUCAAAUAGGGAGUUUGGUGACAUUUCUACUCCAAUAUUCCAAUCGCUAAUUGAAUAUGUUCUAUCUAAAGGUGCUGCUAAACUUAGAGAUAACAUCAACGCAUUCGAUGAAGACGAAGAUAUUGAAAGAUUCAGAAAGGUCCAAAAGGAAGCAGAAUUGGCAAAAGUUGGCCUAUGGAAUCCCGACUGUAAAAAGCUCGAUAUUCUUGAAAAAACCGAAGUCAGUAACGACCCAACUCCAAUUAAUGCUAUUGUUGAAAAAGUGCUAAGUGGAGAUAGAUUAUUAGUCAGACUUUUAAUUAAUCCAAAGACUCAUGCAGUUGUUCCCGUCCUGAUUGCAGGUGUCAAGACGCCAAGAAGUUCCUCUAAUGACGAACCUGCAGAAGAGUAUGGUGAUGUUGCUAAAUCGUAUGUUGAGAAGAGGUUACUAAUGGCUUCAGUUAAGGUUGCAAUUAUUGGUGAGUCUCUUUCCGGCGUACUUGUUGGUAAAAUCAUCCAUCCAAACGGGAACAUUGCAGAGAAGCUAUUGAUUGAAGGAUUAGCAGAAGUCUCGGAUUGGCAGUCACAGUUAAUCGGCUCGAAGGAUAUGGCUGUCUUACGUAAAGCUGAAAAAGAAGCUCGUAAUCUAAGAAAAAAUAUCUGGAAAAAUCAGGAAGCAGAGGUGAAAAGUGCCCAAUCCGAUGGUGACUUGGCCAUUGGUAAAAGGGUCGAUGCAACAGUGGCAAGAAUUAUUUCUGCUGAUACCGUGGUUUUAAGAUUGAGGAACAAUACUGAAAUUACUGUGCAGCUAAUUUCUCUAAGAGCCCCAAGAGCCUCCGAUCUCUCAACUGCACCGUUCGUUGCAGCAGCUAAAGAGUAUGUAAGACAGAAACUUAUCGGCAAGCACGUUGAGGCCUCCAUUGAGAGUAUUAGAGAAGGGAAUGAUCAGUAUGACGAAAGAUUUUUAGUGACUUUGAGAACUGCAGACGGUGCCAACAUCAACGAAAAUAUAGUUGCCAAUGGAUAUGCAUCUGUCAUUAGACAUCGGAAAGGCGAAUACAUGCCGGAAUAUUGGGAUAGCCUCAUUGAGACCGAAGCUUUGUCAGUUAAAUCCAGAAAAGGGAUUCAUGGUAAAGCACCACCGGCAGAAAAUAAUGUUGAUGCUUCUGAAAAUGCAAUGAGAGCGAAGCCCUAUCUAUUUUCUUUUCAAAAUAGAAACAAAAUUACAGGUACUGUUGAACACGUUAUAUCAGGUACUAGAUUCAGAAUUGUCAUUCCUAAGGAAGGUGUUAGACUUAUUUUAGUUUUAGGCGGUUUAAGUUCGUCAAGCAAUAAGACUGAUGACAUUACUAAAGAUUCUCUGGAACUGGCAAAGAAAAAAUUAUAUCAGAGAAAUGUUAAUUUUGAAAUUUACAAUGUAGACAAAAACGGUGCAUUUAUUGGAAAUAUAUAUGCACCAGGAUCUGCUGUUCCAUUUCAAAUCAAUCUAUUGCGAGAAGGACUGGCUGAGACACAUGCUAGAUCCGUUCAUGAUACAAAACACGCUUCCCAAAUGAUUGCGGCAGAGGAUGAAGCGAAAGAGAAGAACUUGGGUGUCUGGAAAGACUAUGAUCCAAAUACUGAUCUUGCUGAAGUUACAACUCAACUCGAGAACUUAAAGAUUGAGAAAAAAUAUUUUGAUGCGGAAGUUUGUGAGGUUUUAGAGGAUGGUUGCAUUGCGUUCCAUAUUCUUGAUUCGGAAAAAUCCAAGCUCAAAGCAUUUAUGGCAAAACUUCAUUCUUUGUCUCAUUCAUUCGAGCAAGUAUCUGCUGUCAAAAAGAACGAGGUUGUUGCCGCAAAACUUAGUGAUAAUGGAAAAUUCUAUAGAGCUAGAAUUCUAGAUGUUAAUAAGGCCGACAGAAGCGUUAAGGUUCAGCAUUUAGAUUAUGGUACUAUUGAAAAUAUCUCCAUGGGCGAUAUUCGUGAAUUACCUGCAGAGUUUUCGAUCAACAAAUACAAACCACAAGCACAUAUUGCUCAAUUAUCUCUCAUUAAUAUGCCUCCAAAAACCCAAAAGGAUUACUAUGAUCAAGCAAUCUACUUUUUGGAAGACACAUUACUAGACAAACAAGUAAUUGCUUGUGUCACGUUUACUAACCCAACUCCUGGUGUUGAAUUUGAUGUUGAGAUUUAUGAUCCUAAAGUCAUUGCAGAAGAUCCGUCGAAAUCGAUAAACAAAGAACUCGUUGCCGAAGGUUGGGGUUUGGUUAAGAAGAAAAAUUUCAAACCAUUUGAAACUCUAUUACAAAAGGAGCAAAAAGAGUUACUUGCUCUUGAAGAAGAAGCAAAAUCAGAUCAUAUUGGUUGUUGGCAAUUUGGUGACAUUGAAGGUGAUGAUGAUUUUUGA